AUGAUAGCAGCAUCGCACAUUACUUUCUCAUCCCCGUACACUCACUUUUGGUCCAAUCGGGCAACCGCGCACUUGGAUCUCUCCUCUUUCUAUCCUUUUCACCCUUCGAUUUUUCCUUAACUGUUUUUACGCGGCCAAUAGAUCUAUUCUUGUAAAGGUCACCACUGAACGCAGUACCGCAGGCACAGUUGUGCUUCCUCGUCGUCCUACACCGAGUUCCUCCUCCACAUUGGAUCAGAGACGCCUCAUGUCCGGUAUUAAACGGAAAAGGUACUUACCACUUCUUGUUUUCUCACCGAUCUAGUGUUUCGAAUUCCGACCAGGACCCAAAACGUUUGCAUACAAGUGCACCCGGUAAGAAUUUUUUGUAUGUUUCACGCCUUUUAACAUGAAGGUAAAAAGCAAACCAAGUGGUUGCCAUUCUACAUAAACUUCCAUCCAUCAUUAAACUACUCGCCCAUUCAUCAUCAUCAGAUUUUGCCUGUUCGAUGCCGCAAGCUGUUGGGCUCAGGCCCUCAGUUCGUCUGCCAAACAAUUUUCAUGGGAUUAGGCGUAAAUGCAGACUAGGCAUGUUGGUGAAUAAUUAGGUUAAGCGGCAUCCUUUCUCGUUUCCAUUACUAGAGGUUCACCGACGGUGAGCGCUGUUAUUUGCACAGCUUCGCCUAUUUUAUUCACGUGCACUUCAUGUGCACAUGGAACUGACUCCAUAUUUUAGGUAAAGACAGCGAACAAGCUUCGAAGGUUUUAGAAUCACCUUCAGGUGCGAAUCUCUUUGCCCUGAUAGAAGUGUUGGAAAGUCUUGAGUUUUAGGCAGCGAUGGGAAAAUCGACGAAAAUACUUUUUUUCGCUAUAUUGUCGUAAGGGGCGUUGACUAUUUCGUUUGCCUUUUUCGGUAUAUAGACGGCCAAUUGUGGUUAUGACGCUCAGGUUUGUGUUAGUCCUCUUUGAAAACCGAUGCAGUAGAAUGUCACGUUGACAGAAGUAUCACGGUGAUCCCAAUGAUAUAUCGGGAGCCACCACGAAAAAUCCACUCUGGCGAUCAUAUGGCAGCUGGUUUACUCUUGUUCCAGAUAUUUUGUCCUGAGGGAUCUUGAACUGUCUACUUUUCCUAACUGACAGCCGAAAAUCACAAGAAAACGCUUGUCCUGUUCAGGGAUGAAGCUUGGGGGAAUAUCGGUUUUGGUAGUACUGAUGACUAAGUCAAAUGAUUCCAUAGCCAUGCUAACCCGAAACAGGGCGAUACCAGCGUAGUUGCAGUUGUUCAUGUGACACUUGUGUAAUUGCAACGCCAUAGGGACCACCCAAAGAAAUUUGGGCAAUACAGUAUCUUACGGAAUUAAAAGUGGUAAGUGCACUUGUAACCAAAUUUCGAACAUUUAUUAAGGGUUGUUGUGCACUAAAAAGAACCCCAUAGCAGACCGCGAUAAAUCAGAGGUCAAGUAGACACAGUAUUAUUUAAUCCUAGUUUUGACUAACCUAUUUCAAAACGAAAUAAGUAAACCCUAACAGAAAGAAUUAACUUACUAACCUCGUGUAAACCAACUUGCCUUCGCAUGCUACCGUCCAGAUAUUAUAUUUGUUCUCGGUUAUGUCGUAUGCCGGACCAACGAUAUCAAGUUGGGAAAACGUUUUAGUUUUAAACUUGUACUAAUUUAUGCUCCAAAGACAAGCUUAAACAUACCGUCUUCGAUUAAGGUCAGGGAAACAUAGCUUUAAGGGGCAUUCAAUGGUGUAAGGGCUCUGGAGGUCGUGGACGGUGCAACACCGGUGAGCCGGUCCACUGUCAUCCUUAAAAACAUAUCCUGACAUAAUUCGCCACUGGGAAAAGAUGCUACUGCAGUACCUCCACGAGCUCGAACUAUUAUCGUUAUUACCAAGGGAAACUGUGCUGAUCUUUGCUGAACCUUCAACUGUUGGCCAAGCAUGAGUGAUCAUUGUCUCGCUCUACACACUCCAGAUACCCAUUCUGUUACAGAAUAUUUCGUCCUUCGACUCCCAAAUCUGAACUCUUCUGUCACUCAUUUUCGGCCUGAUCCAUCAUAAAUUAGCCUUAGUUAUUUUAUUUCGAACUGCACGUACACCACCACAGCACCUAAUUAGGAAGCGGCCUGUGUGUUCCUAGAUCGUAUAUGUUAGAAGCUUUCACCGUACGAACAGAUGCUUAAAAUCACUUUCACCUUUGAAAACGGAGGACGAUUCAAGCUGCAUCGCACACACCUCAGUAGCUUUCGGAGAUCUCAUACUAUCUUAUCGUCGGACGACCGCCACACGGGAUCCAAUGAUGAUGAUACAUUGUUCCAUAUCUCUCCAACUAUCGCACAGCAGUGGUUUUGUGUUCAUCCAAACGUCUGGUCAUUCAGUGCCAUGAUUUACCUGUCUUCCACAUUCCGAUCUUCCAUCGCCUGACCUAAUUUCCUCACCUAUCCGAGGCAGGAGUAAAGCCGUUGGUGAGACGACCCUCGGGCAUUCAAUAGACUUUUGUUAGUUAACAAGGCCUAUCUAAGCCAGCCGCCUGACGAACGUACCAUCGGUACGAUCUAUGCAGUCAUCUGUCACGGGCACUGUCGGUCAGAAACGGCCUGUUAGGCGCGUCCUUAUUUACGAUCAGGUUUAUGACCUCCGCAGAUGAUGUGUAAACACGUCAGACUAUGUCCCUUGCUUUUUUACUGAAAGUCGUCUCGAAGCCAUAUAAAGGUAGCCAGAAGUGCCUUCAUAAUCGAUGAUGAAUAAGAAAAAGACCGUUUGUCUGUUCCACCGUCGAGCUUGAUGGGCGUCAUUGAUUGAACGGCUAAUCAAAAAUGCCACAACUUACAACUAAAGCACCAGUGCCAGGAAUGCCGUCCAAUGUCUAGCAUGUCUGCCUAUGCAGACUAGGUAUUACUCACCUAUUCGGCCGCGGCAUAAGCCGAUUCCGCCGUAUGCACGUAUACGAUAACGCUUAUUAAAAUAUCACCCACUGAUAUGUCAAAGAUCAUGCGGCUGAACUUAUCGACGCCGAUACUGGUAAGUGGCAUCUCUUGUGUGCGGAUAUUCGCGUGUAAUGCGCGUCAGAAAGGGGCUUACGCCGCAUCAGCUAGUUUCCAAUAUCGCAAUUUCCAGUUCGCCACAGCCUCAAAAAGGCAACAGGGGCGUGAGAGGGGAAAGAGAGUGAGGCCUAUGCUGAGGUGCAAUUUAGAACAUUCCCCAAUAACUUUAGUGUGUUUGAAACUAUUCCGAGGUACUAAAAUCCGUAACUCGGAAGAUCGCCAACCAAUGAUAGAACUCGUUUCUUACUUGGACUAAGGGCCAGCCCGGAAUGUUGCCGGCAUCCAGUUACUGUGUACUGUUUGUUGAAUUACGCUGGUCGACAACUCAGUCGUACCCCACAUCAGGAGGCCUGGACGACGGUUAGACGGUCAGACUUUACUGAACCAAAGCAGUAUACACACGGCUCACCAAACAGUUCCGCAAGCAUUCUCACUGGGCAAGGGACAGCCAUUGAGAUUUCCAGCCCCGGCGUGAAGCGCGUGCGUGCAUCAGGCCUUGUCCGUCAACAGACCUCGAGCUCUGGCCACGCGAGUGCCAAGUAAUUGAUUGACAGGGAGCGUCCGACGGACUGAAGGCAGCGUGAACGAGCGGCCUCUCGGAUGACUCUGACAACGGGCCGCUACGGUACUCUCAUCUAGACAAAAGAGAGUGUAAUGAAGCCGAAGGAACUGUCUCGGUGUAAAAACACGAGUAACCGGUCGACCAGGAACGUGAGCAUGGCGUCCACUGUGUGACUCAUACGGAAGGGACAUUUGAAGUCUCGCGUGCGCUGCGGUGGAAGAAUUGGAGAAUGACGAAGUUACAGCUGAAGGCGGUGAACAUGUAGGGGCGGGUGUAGACGAGAUGAAGAUACAGAGAGUAGGGUGGGAAAGCAGAGGAUACAGGUUGAGCAUAUUUUUGUGCCUAGGAUAGCAGCCCUGACCCGGUCGGCGCUGACCACAUCCCUGUCAUCUAAAAGGUUCCGACAGGUUUUGGUAGCACUUGAGAGUACCCAGAACAGUCCUUCUCAUGGAGAUUCCAGAGCCUUUCUGGACAUCAGACUCUGAGGCUGGAGUCUGCGGUGGGACGAAAUGGUCGCUCAUGUGUUCUUGCGCUGGGACAAUUUCUUCGGCACCGCAACACACUGCCUCUGGUCUGGGUGGGGGGUGCUGUAAGAGCCCGUUCCUACGGUCGUCCGAGCGGCCACUCGUCCACGCCGUCUUCAGUUCGCCUGACGGCUCCUGUCAAUCAACUACUUAGUACUAGUGUGGCGAGCGUUCAAGGCCUGGUGGGACUCCGUCCUUUGCUAGUUGGCAAUUGGCGGACAAUGCCCAGACGCACACAGCCGCUUCACGCCGGGGCUGGGGACCUCAGUGGCUGACGUUUGUCUAUUGAGAGCGCUUGCGGCAAAUGCUUGCUGAGUCGCGUGCACACUGCCUUGCCUCGGUAAAGCCUGGUCGUAUAACUGUCUUCUGAUUUGGCAAACUACCGAGUUGUUGACCCUGAUACUUCGAAAUGUGCUGUCUUUUUCUGAACACCGGACUUCCCUAUAUCCUUCGGCAUCGUUUGAUGCCGCCGAGGUGCCAGACUAAUUUAUUCCUUUAACAGUCUGGUUACUUUUCCUUAACAGCCUUGGUUGUUUUAACGCAAUCCGAACAACGCGGUGAACCAACACACGCUUUCGGCAUGAGUUUGGCGAUCAGGCCGUUGGUUUUUUGAAUAUCAGUUGUAUAUGCUUACUGGCCUUUCCUUCUGUACUCAGUGGGGCUUGCUCACACCAUUGGUAGCUUUGCGUUCACAAUCUAUUAGCCGUUGGGUCGCAUUUCGUUUGCGUGUUGACUUGCACACGUAAGGCAGGCGUAGAUGCGGGAUCGUUCAUGUCCGUUACGCCCAAAACGUCGGGAAAUUUUGUUGUGUGAAAGAUGGAUGAUACUUAAGCAAAUUUCUUCGUGUAUGCGCAUGUGACCGAGCAGGCCUUUGCCAUGCCCGGAUUUGCAAGAUUUCGUAGGCGGAUGUUGAAUGUGUUGGUGAGGAACUCGUUAUAACUGACGGUGGUGGGAAUUGUCAUGUUUUUUAGUUCAUUUCAGGACUUUUGUGACAGGAUGUAUGAACAUGGGUACAUAAUUUGAUGAAAUAGUACCGUUUUUGGGUUCCUAAAGUUUGUAUAGAUGGGGGAAUAGUUGCCAGUCAAGUAGGCUGUUGUUGACGCUUAGCGCCCUACCACCGAUCGUCGCUGUAAGGCAGGGAACAUUUGGUACGGGUGGACAUGGAUGCUGCGGCUGCUCCAUCAAAUGUUCCGUCCUUGCCCAAUGCUGGAGCCGCAGAUACCGACAGUCCGACCGUCGUUUCUGACGAUGCGCACCCGUGUGCUCCACAGCAGAGCGGGAGCGAGGACGGUGAGUCGCGCGUGAAUUCGUUUACAAUGGCAGCAUACUCGCGCAGUAUCUAUCGCACUCCCUCUCCCCACUUGGGCCCGGUGUCAUGACAGCCAAGAAGGCCGGAGGCGAGAAGGCGUGGGUGGCUGGGACGGCGGAAACUUGCAGCUAGGCGUACCACCAUAUUUCCUGGUCCACAACGUACACUGGCCAAUAUUUUAUACCAACCAAUGAGAGGGGGCGACUCGGAUCCCAACUACCGCGCUAGGCCCUCCCACCACACCCCAAUGUUGGUAUUUGUUAUGGGUGUGCAUUUCUAGUAACGUCCGCCGGAUUGCAAUCCGACUCCUGUGCUGGUCCGGAGUCUUUACUGCGUGCUCCAUUCUAGGGGCACAACCACAAAUGUUACAGAGGUCAAAACACUCAACUCACGUCCUACAGCCCGCUUUGGCCACGUGCGCACAUUGGAAUUGCACAUCUUUAUUUUUUCGAAGUUUAUUUUCUGACAAUCUAAGAGUUGUCGCUUUGCCUGUAGAACCCAACGAACUCUCUGAGCAAGUGGAAAGCAAUUCGAAGGUCGCAGGGUCGAUGACUACAGAGACUGGUCCAGUAGAAGCUCGCGUUCUCGCUGGGUUUCUUCCUGGACUAGACGCCUAUACUGGAUCCAGUUCGGACAGCUCUAGCGACUCUUCUACCGAUGUUGAGGACUCGGCUCAGACCCUUGAUGUAAUCGCAGUGACACGGACCAAAUCCGCCUCAAGUGGUGGUGAAUGA